GUAUGUCUGUGUGUCUGCCAUGUGUGUGGUGGUACCCACGGAGAUCAGAAGAACUGGACAAGAGACGGUUGUGGGCCACCAGUGUGGGUGCUGGAAACUGAACUUGGUGAUCUUAACUGCUGAGCCCGGUCACAAUCCCUCAAUAUUAAUUCUUAGUUCCUGUUCUAAACUUCCAACUUGCUCCCUGCAGUAUCUCUAGAUCUAGUGCUUUCCCCUGCUUGUUUUAGUCUCUUGUUUUCACAUAGGAGGCUUUUCUUAAACUACUGAUUUCUAAGUUCAUUCCUAUUUAAGAACAAAACCUGGCUGGGCAUGGUAGCAUAUGCCUUUAAUCUGAGCACUUGAGAGGCAGAGGCAGAUGGGUCUCUGUGAGUUUGAGGCCAGCCCUGUCUACAUAGCAAAUUCCCAGGAUAGCCAAGACUGCAUGGAGCAACCCUGUCUCAAAAAAACCAAAUAAUAGUAAUGAUGAUGAGGAUAAUUAAUGAUACUAAAUAAAAAUUUUAAAAGUCACCAGGAAGCUUUGUACAAUCAUUUAUGGGUAGGUGACACUGUGAGGACUAGCUGUAAUUUGAGUGUGUCAUAGAAGAGACUGCAAAACUCAGUAAAUGUUAAUGUUUGGAGGGAAAGGAAGGACAGUUCGUUCACACACACACACACACACACACACACACACACACACACGCACAUACACCCUUUCUGCCACUGAUGCAGAGGAUGCAAGCACCAGCCAGGGUGCUCGGUGUCUAGAAGUGUACCCCUGAGACUAUGAACUGAAACCAUUAUUUUAAACACCACUCUCCUCCACUUUUCAGUGUCUGGAGUUUCUCUUGGAAGAUUUUCCUUCGCGUUCAGCCUCUGUCAUCCUGCAUUGGUGCUGUUUCUCCGGUUCCUUGGAGAACUGUGAGGGCCUCCUAGGUCUCUGAGCAAGCGUUGGCCCUGUCUCAGCUCUGCUCAUUCCUUACCCACUGAUGACUUCCCAACGUCCCAUCCCGGUCUACACUUCUGUGCUGGAGGUCACCAGCCUCCCCUGUGGUGGAGCACUGUUGCCUCUUCUGUCUCCUGGUGUGUCUAGUUGUCCUUCAUUCAGUAUGACACACUGUAAUCAUUUACCCACUUAGUUUUUAUUAAGAGUAGACACAUGGAUACACACAGAUAUCCUUGUCAUGCAUAUGAAUAUUCAGGCAGUCCAAGGGAUAAACACUCCUUCAGUUCCUUCCAGAAGCACUCAAAACUACUAGUUACCUCUAUGUGUUUUAAACAUUGUGUGUGUGUGUGUGUGUGUGUGCGCGCGCACGCUCGCACACGCGCGAGUGUGUGUAGGGGUAGUGAGUGGUGGGGGCAUGUGUAUGCCAUGGCAUAGGUGUGUUUAUGGGGGGGGGACACAUAUGUAUGCCAUGGAAUAGAUAUACGGGUCAGAGAACAACUUGUGGGAAUAAUUUCUCUCCUGUCACCAUGUGGUUCCUGGGGAAUUUGAACUCAGGUCGUCAGGCUUAGUGGCAAGCACUAACCACUUUGCCCACUGAGCUACCUUGCCGACCCUUUACUGUACACCUUCACAGAUAUGCAAACUCGUGAAAGGAAAGAAAGUAGUGGAUUUUACAUUAAAUAACAACAGAUUUUAGCAUGCCCUGGGCUAAGUAAAGAGGAAUGUGUAGCUCUCCUAAUCCUAUUUCAGGGUCCAUUGCAGUUGGUAGAUAUCUUCAAAGGUUCUUCAUUCAAAUAUGUGCAGCUAGUAGCUACCUGCACAAAAGCCAGCUGAGGUUCUAUGGGGGUGGGGCUUAAACACAGGAGGCAGUUGAUGGCAACUUCAGCCUCUUGCAUAGGGCUUUGUAUUGCAUCCCUGCAUCUUUCUCCUGUUUUAUUCUCUGAUUCUUUUCCCCACUCCUCUUCUGGAAACAUCUCACUGACUCUUGGUUCCCCCCACAGACACACACACACUGGCCACAGAUGUAGUCCAUGCCGGCUAAGAAUUACAGCUCUCCCUGGCCUCUACUUUGGCGUCCGGAUGACAGAGCCACCGGCUGCCGAGCCAGACUUGAUCACAGAACUGAAACGGAGAGCUGCACCCUGGAUGAAGGACCCUAACGGGCUAAAGUCGGGGAAAAGUCGCUCCCUAGGAAAAAAGAAGAUGAAGGCGGUGAGAGAAGCCAACAUCCAAACCCAGGCCUCGGCUACAGAGCCCUCACUUGCAGCCUCCACGGAGACAGGCGCCUCUCACUGUCCUCCCAGCAGUGAAGGAGAUGUGGAUGGAUCUAGCAAAGUCAAGAGGACAUCCAGGCCCCGUUCCAUUCAGAGGUCGUGGUUUGGGCAGUUCCCCUGGUUAGUAACGGACUCCCAGGAGACCACGCUGUUCUGCUCUGUCUGCAGAGAAAGACCAACUCUCCGUGACGAGUCAUCCCGUUUGGUUCAAGGUUACGCUGGGCCUUUUAAAGUGGAAACCCUAAAGUACCAUGAGGUCAGUAAGGCGCACAAACUGUGCGUCAACACCGUGGAGAUCAGAGGCGACAGCCCUCAGCCCACCCUCACCGCAGAGAUCUCCAGUGACCUCGUGGCCAGCAUGGAGCACUUCUUCAAUGCCGCCUACUCCAUUGCCUACCACUCCAGGCCCCUGAAUGACUUCGGGAAGGUCUUGCAACUCCUCCAGAACACCGGCACUACGCUGUUAGGCAAGUACCGGAAUCGCACUGCCUGCACGCAAUUCAUCAAGUGCAUCUCCGAGACUCUGAAGAAGGAGAUCCUAAGAGACAUUCGGAACGCCCCGUGCGCGAGCCUGCUAUUGGACAGCUGCAUGGACACCCCCAACCAGGCCUGCGUGGGGAUAUACAUGCGCUACUUGAAGGAGGCGGAGGUGAAGGAGUCCUAUAUCACCCUAGCCCCUCUCUCCAGUGAGACAGUAGAUGGGUACUUUGAGACCAUCAUAGCUGCCCUGGAUGAGCUGGAUAUCCCUUUCCGGAAGCCCGGCUGGGUGGUGGGUCUGGGGACGGAUGGGUCUGCCAUGCUGAGCUGCAAGGGAGGCCUUGUGGGAAAGCUCCAGGAGAUCAUCCCUCAGCUGCUGCCUGUGCACAGCGUGGCCCACCGGCUGCACGUGGCGGUGGUGGACGCCUGUGGGAGCACUGCCCUGCUGAGGAGGUGUGAUCGGCGUAUCCGGACCGUCUUCAAGUUUUAUCAGUCCUCAAACAAGAGGCUCCGUGAGCUGCAGGGUGUUGCAGCUCCCCUGGUGCAGGAAAUCGUCCGUCUGAAGGACCCGAACUCCGUCAGGUGGGUGGCCAGCAAAAGGCGCACUCUGAACGCGCUCAUUGUGAGCUGGCCUGCCCUGACUGGGCACCUUCAGAGUGUGGUAGACGCUGGGGGCCAGGCUGGUCAGAGGGCCAAGGGCUUGCUGAAGCCAAUGAAGAGCUUCCAUUUCAUCAAGUUCUGUCACUUUCUUUCGGAUUUCCUGAGCAUCUUCAGGCCUGUGUCUGAGGUGUGCCAGAAGGAGCUUGUUCUGGUCACAGAAGUGAAUUCUGCCCUGGGGCGUGCCUGUGUGGCGCUGGACGGUCUCCGCCGACAGGCCGGGCCUAAAGAAGAAGAGUUCAAUGCCAGCUUCCAGGAUGGGCAGCUCCACGGCAUCUUCCUGGACAGAGUGGAGACGGCAGAGCAGCGGUUCCAGGCAGACCGGGAGAGAAUGAUCCUGACUGGGGUUGAGUACCUCCAGCAGAGGUUUGCUGCAGACCGCCCCGCACAGCUCAAGAACAUGGAGGUGUUAGACACCACGGCCUGGCCUAGCGGGGUCAAAUUGUCCUGCUUUGGGAACAGUGAUAUUCUCAGCCUUGCCAGGUAUUUUGAGCUUUCCCUCCCUGCGGGUUACAGUGAGGAAGCCUUGCUGGAGGAGUGGCUGACCUUGAAAACGGCUACCCAGAACCUUCCAUUCUCCGUGCUGUGUAAGAGCACCCUGACCCAGCACCACCGAUGCCCUCUACUGAGCAAGCUCAUGGCUGUAGCCGUCAGCCUGCCCAUCUCUGCUUCCUGCUGUGAACGGGGAUUCAAGGCCAUGCACAGGAUCAGGACCGGUGAGAGGACUAAGCUCUCCAGUGAGGUGCUCAACACACUGAUGAUGACAGCCGUGAAUGGCGUGGCAGUCACAGAGUAUGACCCCCAGCCAGCCAUCCAGCACUGGUACAUGACCUCUUCAGGACGACGCUUCAGCCACCACGCCUAUGCCUGUGCCCAGGUGCCUACCCACUCCCGUGCCAAUACCGAGCUCAGGAAGGAGGCGAUGACAACUCUCUGUAAGGAAGAGUCUCUGGACGGAAGACAUCCAUCACACCCUCUGGGGAGCCAUGAGGCGCAGAAGGAUCACAUGGUGAAGGUUCCUGGACCCUGAGCCACCUCAAAGGCCCUGCAGUUCUGAAGAGUGACCUGAGCAAGGCUUUGGAGCGUUUUGAUCAUGGCGAGAGACUCUCUGAAGAUUCUAGGCUGUCCUGGUGGGAUACCUCAUGGGCCCAGAAAGUGGGCAGUGACACAGGGUUGAAGCAGGCAUUCCCAAGGGACAAGACCAUCAAGGCACAGCAAUGCCCCCCCCCAUUGCAAAAGUGUGCCAGGGAAGCACUUACCUCAAGUCUGCUUUUCCCAAAGAAAGAAUUCUGCCAUGGGACUGUUCACCCCAUACAUUCUGGUGUCGGAGGACUUUCCUAAAAUGGGAAGGUGGGGGUAGCAGGUGAAAGGAACAUCCCAGCUCUCUGCAUCCCCGGCCUCUGAGAAAGACCACUUUGGUGGUGGAAAUGACCAUGGUCCGGGGACCUUGGCUUGCGGCAGACGCCCCUAGGAUUGGCCAUUCUGGACCACUGCGGAGGCUCCUACAGCAGAAUCAAGGAGACCCUACCCCUCGAGGCCUGCCUUUAACACAAAACAGACCAACGUCCUAAGAAAGGAGGUCUCAGCACUACUCCUACACACUGAGAAAUGCCUGCUUCCUCUGAAGGGAGCUCCGUGUCCCCCCUCCCUACCCGGGCUAGGGUUGGCUGCCGUGGUACCAGGCAGUGUCCUGAGGAGCACGAGAGGUGGGAACCAGGAGGCGUGGAAUCCAGGCCAGCUCUUCUGCAGACAAUGUGCCCGUGAUUAUUAACCCCUUCCUCUUUUCUGUGCCUCAGUUUUACUCCUUGUGUCGUGGUUGCCACAGAGACUCCAAGUGCUUGUGUUGGCUCCCUGUAGCCGUAGCAUUAGUCGGUGGGAGCCUCAAAGUUCUGGCAAGAAGGGCUUGCCUGGAGCACCAAGCCGCCCGCCUUCUCCCUCCCUCAGGUGCCAAACACCCCAGCAGUGCUCACCAAGUGCCUCAGUGCUAUGCAGACCUCACGGCUCUCAGCCACUUAGUGUGCAGUAGAUAGUUUUCCCACUCGAGAAAAUCUCUCAUCCAGCCUGGGGACUUGGAGAAAAGGGGCAGGCAGGCCUUUUGGCUCCUGGUCUAGGAGGUGGCCCAGGCAUCUUUUCAGAGUUCAGGGAUUUGCCCAGUCAGGGUUGAGGUAUAGGUCUGUAUCCACAUGGCUUACCUUUCCCCUUUCCCAUAGCAUCUUUUUUUUUUUUUUUUUUUUUGAGACAGGGUUUCUCUGCAUUGUUUUGGAGGCUGUCCUGGUACUCGCUCUGUAGGCCUGGCUGGCCUCGAACUCACAGAGAUCCUCCUGCCUCUGCGUCCCGAGUGCUGGGAUUAAAGGCGUGCGGCAGCAACGCCCUGCUUCCCAUAGCAUCUUUCCUUUAAAAGUCCCCCAAGCAAGAACGCCCGUCCUGUGAGUUAAUACAGGCAUGGUUACUGGAAUGAAGUUUGGGGAGCUGAGGUGGCUACCCUGUCCUCUCCACGCCAGCACCCUGGGGUCACCUCCUAAUGUUUUCUUCAGGUAGAAAAGGGGGCUCCAUGGAGCAGGGUGCUUCUAGGUUAAGUCUACCGGAAACGUUGUGUGGCCAUUCAUGCCUGGAACAGGCUGCUUAACCUAGGUGUCUGCCUCACUCAAGUGUUUUGACCAGAGAAGGUACUCCCCAUUGCCGCUUUGCCGGCUCAAGACAAAGAAGCGAUAUUCUCAUGUAGCCCCCCAAGGUGGACACAUGGUAACCAUGCUCACCCUGCAGCCUUUGUGUUCAAGCUGGUCCUAUUUUGCUCUUAGGGCUGGCUGCAUUUCACUGGGCGCACCCUGGUUUUGCCUCAGGGGAAAACAAGUCAAAGGGCAUUGUGAGGAGACACUGCCCCUUUAGCCAGAGCCCUGGCCUUCCCCCUCAGUCUUUGCCUUCUCACAUGCUUGACACCAUCAGCCUCCAUCCCACCAGCCUGUCUCUGAAUAGAUGAGACUGGCCUUAAACUCCUAGAGAUCCGAGUACCCCCCCCUCCUGAGAGCUGGGAUUAUUAAAGGUGUGCGCCUGUUCCCUUGACAGCAUCUCCUGUGUUUCCUAGUACUUAAUCCCUCCCCUCCCUUGAUAACUGGUGCCCCCCGGAGACCGCCCUUCCAAGUACCCAGCAUUGCACUCAGCACUUUGAUUUUAGUAGCCAAAGAGACUUGAGAGUGAGGGAGCCCAGGCCCUGGCCGGUUGGGCACAGUAGAGUGUGGCCACCUCCGGGUCUUGUGGCACAAAGGAUAAGUUUCUAGAGUGCUAAGUGUGGUCAGGUCUGUGGAGGUCACCACCAGCUCCCUCAGACUGGCUCUGUGUGUCUCUGGGAACAAGGAUGACUGGUCUGGGGUGCUCUGGGCUCCUGUUUCAAGGAUAUGCAAAUUAGGCUAAAACACCUUGUUCAAGUCUUACCUUUUGCUAUUUGAUAAAGCAGAAUUUGACUUUC